AUGAGCCCAAGGGAAGCAAGCAAAGAAGAUCCUCACCCAAAGAGCCUGACUUUCCUAAUGGGGAAAGGAGUACUGCUGAAAGAAAUGGAAAUCAUCCCAAAUAUGAAGAAGGUCCUUCUGUUUCUUCUCUUAUUUCAUACACAGCUUUCAAGAGCUUUUCCUGUUUCUCCUAAAAGCCUUAAAGAGAAAAAAAUGGAAACUGCUCAGAGGUAUCUGGAAAAAUUUUAUGAUAUGCCAAAAAUUGGAGAUAAGGUAAAACGGCAGAGGAAUAACACUCAGUUGGUUGAAAAGCUUAAAGAAAUGCAGAGAUUCUUUGGAUUGGAGGAGACUGGACAACCAGAUGAGGAAACUAUGAAAGUAAUGGAAAUGCCCAGAUGUGGGGUUCCUGAUGCAUCUCGAUAUAAGCUGAGUGAAGGAAAUCCAAAAUGGAAAAAGAAUGAAAUUACAUAUAGCAUUAUAAACUACACACCAGAUAUACCAGCAGCUGAUGUGGAUUCAGCAAUUGAGAAAGCCAUAAAUAUCUGGAGUGGUCCAACACCUCUGAAGUUCUCCAGGAAAAAUAAUAAUGAAGCUGACAUAAAGAUCUCUUUUGUCCGAGGAGAUCAUGGCGACAAUUCACCUUUUGAUGGUGAGAGUGGAGUCCUUGCACAUGCUUUUCAACCAGGCCAGGGAAUUGGAGGAGAUGCUCAUUUUGAUGAAGAUGAAACUUGGUCCACAAACUCCAGGGGUUAUAACUUAUUUCUUGUUGCCGCUCAUGAAUUUGGCCAUUCAUUAGGCCUUUCUCAUUCUGCUGAUCCUGGUGCCUUGAUGUUCCCCACUUAUUCCUUCUCUGAACCCAGCACUUAUGUACUGCCUCAAGAUGAUAUUAAUGGCAUCCAGUUUAUCUAUGGUAAUUCAAAUAAUCCCAUCAAACCUACUGGACCCACCACACCAAGAACCUGUGACCCACAGUUGACGUUUGAUGCAAUCACCACUCUCCGUGGAGAAGUCAUAAUCUUUAAAGACAAGUACUUUUGGCGAAAGCACCGCCAAGUAAUAAGACCUGAACUCCAUAUGAUUUCCUUAUUCUGGCCAUCAUUACCAUCUGGGAUACAAGCUGCUUAUGAGGAUGUUGCAAAUGAUUUAGUUUUUCUAUUUAAAGAUAGACAAUACUGGAUUCUGGAAGGCUAUGAUAUCAGGCCUGGCUACCCCAGAGACAUUUCUGACUUUGACUUCCCAAGAACUGUGCAAGCCAUUGAUGCAGCUGUUUCAAAUUAUUACAUAGGAAAAAUAUACUUCUUUGUAAAGCAUCAAUACUGGAGAUAUGAUAAUAGAAGAUUUGCUAUGGAUCCUGGUUAUCCUAAAAAUAUAGCAGAUAAUUUUCAAGGGUUGGAAAACAGAGUGGAUGCUGUUUUCCAGAAAAAUCAUUAUUUCUACUUCUUUAGUGGACCAACAUACUACAAAUUUGAUCUCCAUACUAAUAGAAUCAUUGCUCUUGGAAGAAGCAACCGCUUGUUAAAUUGUAGAUAGGAUAUGACUAAAAUGUAGGCUAAAAGUAAGAUAUUUUUGGUAUGUAACAAUUUUUUUUAAAUCUGUCAGUGAAUAUUCAAUAUUUAAGGUCUUUUUUAGACUUUGUCAGCUGUUGUUAUUGUCUUCUGUCAUCUUUCCAGUCAUUGUUUCUGUUCAAAUUUCAAUUGUGAAAGAGGAACAAGAUUUAAUCAACACUUUUUUUAUCCUGGCCCAAUCAUAAUCAAGGCACAUUCUCUUUAACUAACAAAUGAUCCUUGCCAAGAAGAGUCUCCAUGAAUCCUUGUUAUAUGCACAUCCUUUGUCAUUUUAGCAAUCUAUUAUCUGAACUUUACGAUGCUUGAUACCCACAAAUCCCAUCUUCUUUUCCUAAAUUGCUAUGUAGAGAGGUUGAGUUUAAAAAAAAAAACAGCUGAGUCAAAAAAUUCCAGUCCCAGUUUUGAUAAUUUUUAACUAUGUGAUUAUGAACAAGAAAUUUAUCCUUUUUGAGCUUUAAGUAACUCUGUAAGAUCAUAAGAUAUGAAUUACCUGAAAUCUGCCUCCAAAGAAAGGAGUUCCUACAAGGAGGAAAUCAGAGGUUCUUGACAUAUUGACUUUCUAGAUUUAAUGCCCAAGCACUUGGAAUUUUGUGUUGGUUGAAAGAGGAAGGUGGCUCAAGCUAUGGCCAUAGCCCCAAGGAAUGAUGGGAAAUUCAGUACCAUUUUCCCCAAUGUAAAUUGUUUACAUUUUCUCCACAAUUAAGGUGAUUGGUUUUUAACUCUCUUGAAUCUGGCUAGAGUUGAUGAGAAAAAUUGAGGGCUAAGAAAACAAAUGUAGUCUUAUAGAGGGGGCCUAAUCUCAUUUAUGAGGAAAACUAUGGAUUUCUUCCUUUUGUUUCCAUGUUUCUAACUGUACUUUUCUGUGAUUCUCAUCCUUUAGUUGCAUUCAUUGUUGCCGCUUCUGUUGUUUAUCCUAAUUCUCAAAAAGUCACUCAUGAUGAAUAAAAAGGAUGUAUUGCAUAAACAGAAGAGUUUUGAGGCACACAAUGUUGAUGAAUAAAAAUUUGUUGAAUUUAUUAAACUGCUCUUUAAUUGA